GUUUGGUAGGAGCUAUGGAUUGUAUAGCGGGAAAAGUAGCCCUUAUUACUGGAGGAGCUGGAGGGAUUGGGCUUGCCGUGGUUAAAAACCUCCUUCAACAUAACGCAAAGGGUGUGUCAAUAGUGGAUAUUUCUGAACAAGCAGGACAUCGAGCGGUGGCUGAAAUAGUUAACCGUUUUGAAGAGACCAAAAUCACUUUCAUAAAAGCGGACGUCACAAAGAUUCUAGAACUAGAAGGCGCUUUUGAAACGACUAUAAAAAAGUACCAGCAGCUGGAUAUUGUGAUCAAUAAUGCCGGACAGGUGGAUGAGUUUGACAGGAAAGGGACGGUCGAAGUGAAUUUGAUUGCUGUUAUUGAAGGGACAUAUCUGGCUAUGCAGAAGUACCUACCAAAAUACAAGUCGGGAGAAGAAGGUCUUGUAAUCAACGUGGCUUCAGUUGGUGGCUUACAUACCUUCCAAGUAACUCCUAUUUACUGUACCACUAAACACGGAUUGAUAGGUUUAGGGAGAAGUCUAGGUGGAAGCGAGUUUUACAAAACAUAUAAAGUACGCAUUGUUACAGUGUGCCCAGGUUUGGUACGUACUCCAAUGUCUGACGGAUCAGGCAGAUUUGUUUUUCCAGAACUGAAAGCCCGGGAAUUUGGUGGUGCGAAUUUAAUCGUACAGGAACCAGAACGCAUAGGCCAGGAAAUGAUUGAAGUUAUUAAUAAAGGAAAAAACGGAUCCUUGUGGGUUAUUGAAAACAAUGUACCCGCAUAUGAAGUUGUAGUACCGCACUACAGAACCAUGACAAAAUACACGAACAUGGAUUCUGUUGUUGGAAAGGUGGUUCUCAUUACUGGUGGUGCCGGAGACAUUGGUCUAGCUAUGGUUAAACAACUUCUACAGAAUGGAGCAAAAGGUGCAGCAAUCGUCGAUAUUUCUGAAGAAACCAGAAUCGUCGACGAAAUCGCAGACGUUUUUGGUAAAGACAAAGUUGCGUUUAUUAAGGCAGAUAUCACAGUCAAGGAAGAACUAGAAGCAGCUUUUGACAAAACCAUACAAAUUUAUCAACAACUGGAUAUCGUUAUUAAUAAUGCUGGAAUCGUGGACGAAGUUAACUGGAGGAAAGCCGUGGCAGUAAAUCUGAGCGCCGUAAUGGAAGGGUCCUAUUUGGCCAUGCAGAACUACCUCCCAAAGUACAAAUCUGGAGAGGAAGGUGUCAUAGUCAAUACAGCUUCCAUCUGCGCAUUUCAAGCAGUGGCAGUUGCUCCUACUUACUGUACCACCAAACACGGGUUAAUCGGUUUGGGGAAAGCUUUGGGUGACGACGAAUUUUACAAAAAUUAUAAAGUUCGCGUUUUGACAAUUUGUCCAGGGUUAGUGGACACUCAGAUAUUAAAAAAUCCGGUACUGCUUUGGUCUCCAGAAUUGCAACAAAAGCAAGUUGGGGGGUUGAAUUCGGUUAUGCAGUCACCAGACCGUGUGGGAGAAGCACUCAUUGACAUUAUUAAGAGGGGCAAAAAUGGGUCGUUUUGGGUUAGUGAAGAGGGUGAACGUGCCUACGAGAUUGUAGUACCUCAUUAUAGAACCAUGAAGGUGUAAAUAUUUUAGAUUUGAAUUGUUUCGAAUAAAGCUAUA